AUGCGCAAGAUCAAACAUGAAGACGAUCUGCUGCCGGCCUUGGAGACCAAUAUUCUGGCCGAUUUGGAUCAGCUCUAUGAAGAGACUCUGCACCAGGUUCUGAGCGGCGGAGACGCGACUCGCUCAUUUGUCAUCCAUGUCUUCUCAUGGCUGUUAUACAUGAAAUCGCCGCUGACCUUGUCGGCUCUGAUGGCUGCCAUGUCUCUUGCCAGUGCCAAUUCUACAACUAUUCAGCCCAUACAAGUGUCGGACAUGUGCGCACAUCUAAUCGUCGCGGAUAUAAAACGAGAUGCCGUUAGAUUCGCGCAUCAGUCGAUAAAAGAAUACCUUCUCCGCGCCAAGCAAGAUCUCUUCUCCCCUUAUCUAUCACACGGUCUCCUGACUUCCACUUGUAUCGAGGUCUGCUCGCGCGGUCCCCCGGAUGGCCAGCCCUUAGAAGUACAGCCCAUCAGCCUCUACGUUUACGCCGCAAUGUACUGGGCAGUGCACUUGAAAGGUGCUGAAGUACCCGAGGCACAGGAUGACCUCUUCCUACGCAUGCUGUCUUUCGUUGUCGACAAGGACGACAUGACGCCCAGUCUUUCUUUUGAAGUCUGGAUGGACACAGCCGCGGAGUUGGCUGUGCUGUUACCGUAUCAUCACCCCAUGAAGCCAGCACUCGAUGCCAUACCCAACGAACAGUCAUCUCCAAUCUUUUUGGCCGCCGUUUUUGGCAUUAAUGGGCUGCUUGAACUCGUCGCCGAGUCGAACCCCGAGACAGACUGGAACCAAGAAAACAGGCUAGGUCAUACAGCUGUCUAUCUUGCAGCCGCACUGGGUCACGCGUCUACCGUAUCCAUUCUCAUCGAUCAGGGUGCGGAUGUGAAUGUGGAGUGCGGGAGAUACGGCAGCCCUCUACAUGCAGCUUGCUACGGAGGUCACGACGAGGCGGUAAAACAGCUUCUUAGCCACGGGGCUUCCAGCACGUGCGGAAAGAGGUUCCAGAAUGCCUUGGAGGCUUCUGCCCAUGGGGAUCAUGAGGAUAUCGCCAUUAUCCUUAUCCAAGGCGGAACUAUUAAAACGGAGGCAGAUUACGAGCAUGCAUUGCAUAUCGCUGCUGAAUUUGGUCUCGUCAACCUCCUCUCUGAACUUCAAAAGCCGAUUUUUAAUUCAUUUUGGCAAAAAGAUAUGAUCGAUAGGCAGAAAGCAAGGACGACGAAGGCAAUCAAGGGCGGACAGCUAGGCGUCUUACAAAAGUUUCUCAGCCGUGCACCAGACCCUUCGAUGCUGCUUGCAGCCGAUUCUGUGGCAGCCGCGGCAACAUAUGGCCAUAAUGAGAUAAUCCGGUUCCUCGAUGGCAUAGGUAUGGACAUCGAAGCCAAAGGCGAGCUCGGGACGCCCUUGCGCUCGGCAUGUUUAAUGGGCCGAAUGUCUACCGUUCAGCUCCUCAUGGAGUACGGGGCGGGAGCUAAGUCGGGCUCGUUGGAUGAUGCUCUUCAUGCUGCUGCAGCUAAGGGAUAUGCGGUGAUCGUGAAGCUGCUAAUUCAAGAAGGGGCAGAUGUCAACCACCAAGGGGGCACCUUCGGCACUGCGCUACAAGCCGCUGCCUACACGGGACACAAAGAGACCGUUGAGGUCUUGGUAGAUGCUGGCGCCGAUGUUUAUGCACAGGGAUAUUCUCUAGAUGCUUUCCACGCUGCUGCCGAAGGAGGACAUCAAGAAAUCGUGCUGUUACUCUUGAUGCGAGGCUACAAGUUCAAGGAACCGCCGCCAAAUAUAGCAUACCGGCACUUCUCCCCGCUAUUGCCACCGUCUCCAUCGCCGUUCCUUCAUUUAUUUGAACACGUUACUCCUGAUCGGAAUAUUCCUGGGGCCAGAAAAGGGUCUAAUCGUCACACGAAAUGGGAUUCAGUGUUCGCAAAACGAUACAAGUCCACCCUCGAGGCCUGCGCGGCAACGGGUCAAGUGGGGAUGGCCCGACUCUACCUAAAUGAAAGAUUGUAUUUAGAAAAUCUAGAUCAAGGCUGGCAUGCAACAAAGGAGAGUGUUGUUCUGAACGCGAUGGAAUCAGCCGCUGCCUACGACCAAGUCAAAGUACUGGAAGUACUUUUGGAGUGGAUGAUACGACGGAGACCAAUUAGGAGGUAUGUUUUGCUGAUACUCAAAGCCGCUGGGGAAAGAAAGAGUCACAACACGAUAGAGUUUGCUCUGGGUGUGGCAUCUGAGAAUGGAAUCACGACCGAUGAAAUCAAUCAGCUGCGGUUGAAAUGGCCCCCCAGCCAUGAAAAAUACAGGGACGGUGUCAUCGAUGCGGAGCAAAUCAAGCACGACUUCAUGUGGGCAUGCACAUCUGGAGACGAGGACGGUGUGUGCUCUAUCCUUGAGUGCAAAUUUGAAGCUCUUUUGGACCGUGCAGCCUUCACAAGGGGAAUCGAGCUCGCAGCAAAAGCCGGCCACGAGCCUCUGUUGGUGAUCUUGCUUCGCCAUCUGCAUCUGCUGUUCCCGCAGGAACGCCUCGUAUCAGAUGAAGCUUGUAUCGCAGCCGCAGAGAACAAUGAUAUCAGUGUGCUCAAACUCCUUCUAUCAGGAAGCGAGGGUUCGGGGCGUAAUGUAACACUGUUGGGACGACUCGCCUGCAUAGCAUGCAGUAAAUCCUACCCCGAUAUCAUCAGAUACCUUGUGGAAGAGCUGAAAAUGGAUGUGAACAUGAAGGUCGCCGACGACCCCCUUGACCAUUGUUCUUACGAAGGCGAGGAACAUUCAAGGGAAGGACGUCUCACAAGCCUGCUACAAGUAGCCCUGCGGUCUUUUGGGCAGUCUCCCUUCUGGGGUGAAUCAUUCCAGGCCAUAGGCGAGGAAAAGUUGCUAAGGAGAACAGAAAUUGUGACAUGCCUUCUGGCCCAUGGGGCUGAUCCGUCGGCUUUGAGCGGUCAGGAUGCGUCCCCCAUUCAGGUUGCUGCUAAUAUCUGCCCUGAAACUGUGGUAAGGCAACUCAUCGAUGCCGGUGCGGAUGUCACUCGCGUGCACGAUGGUAAAUCAGCUAUGGAUGCGGCGAUGGCCAGGGAGUGGGGCUCAGCCAGUAUCGUACAGAUGAUUCUGGAGGCUGGAGGGGCUUUUCCAGUGGAUUUUGAGAAAGCACAAGUCAUUAUCGAAAGGGUUGCAAAAUUCUUUCGUAAAAUCAAGGAUCGCCCAGUUGACGGUGUUCGGGAACGUGAAGUCCCGGCACACGUCUUGAAGGAUGGACUCCCCGCCGUACUCGAACUACUUGAACUAUUACUUCGACACUAUUCAUAUCAGAAGACCGACGACAUGAAUUAUUUGUUUGUUUUGGAGGCGGCCUGCCAACUCGGAAAGCGAGACUUUAUUGAGCUACUCCUAUCACGUGGAACAGAUCCCAACGGGUCCGGAGAUUACCAUGGCAUCCCUAUUCUGGCCGCUGCAGGCAGCGGGCACCAUGGCAUUGUAAGACUCCUUCUUGAGCAUGGCGCCAGCGUGAAUAUCAACAUACCCGAUGAAGACGCCUUCUUUCGGCGGUCCUAUAUUCAAGGACAACUAUGGCACAGCGCCCUGCGAGCAGCAAUUGUUGGUGGCCAUAGCGAUAUUGUCCAUCUCUUAUUGUCCUAUGGCGCCGACAUUGACUUCAAGCCUAAAUUCUAUGGAAACCGGUAUGAAAGUGCUCUGCAGUUGGCGGUUGCAAGUGGCGAUAUCAACAUCGUCAACGCACUCCUCGAGGCGGGCGCAGAUGUGCAUGAAGACGACAGCUGCUGGUCACAUCCACUGAUACUAGCCUGUCGGCAAGGCUGUGUCAAUAUCACCACUGCCUUGCUUGAGGCGGGUGCACCGGUCGACAUAUCUGGCAAGCCGAGCGACAGUAACUCGUCCACGGUUGACCUGGAACAGGCCAGUCCUCUCCACGCGGCUAUUGAUGGAGGUCAUGUGCAGAUUAUCGAGCUCCUCCUGACAAAUGGUGCAGAUGUAAAUAAGGACAUGGCCAUUCCUCCGGCUGGACCAGCGUUACUCGCUGCUGUGCAGAAGAAUGAUCUGUACAUAGUCCGACGACUGCUGGUUGCAGGGGCCGAGAUUAAUCAUGUCAGCUGCGGGAGAACUGCUCUGCUGGAGGCCGUUGACAAGGUUGCCGACCUCUCAAUUGUCAGAGAGCUUCUGGCUAAAGGUGCCGUAGCGGCAGGUUCAAAUUAUCCGAAUUGCCUCCUCAGGGCUUGUUGUGGAGGAAGUGUCGACCUAGUCGAACUACUCCUCGAAAGCAUUUACGGCAAUCACGACCAGCCAGAGACAAUCAUCGACGAGGCUUUGGACGCAGUAGUCCGACAAGACCAACCGAACGAUUCAAUCAUAUGCCUUUUGCUCGAUUAUCUCCCUCCAACCCAGCAGCGAUUCGCUUUAGUCUGCUUUUCGGGCUCGGUUUCUAACGUGGUUUCCAUGUUGGAUGCCGGCAUGAGUGUCGAGGGAGAAAAAACAACCGCAGAUCGCCCCAUACAUGUGGCAGCUCGCGAGUUGAGGGAUGAAGUAUCUCGGGUUCUCGUUCAGAGAGGCGCAGAUGUUCAUUACAAGAGCCCGAGGGAGGGAACACCAUUGAUGUGCGCUCUUCUUACUUGCGCUGGACCCUGCUUAGAGGACUUUCAGCCCGAGAGCACGCUCAGCAAGAGCCUAUCAUGCGGCCACAACUACAAUGACAAGUCCCGUAUUUGGAAAUCCUAUUCUCCACCUGUCACUAAGAUACGAGACAUCCGUAAGUGCAUGACCAUUGUGCAGCUUCUCAUCGAUCACGGAGCAGAUCCGGACGUAGAUGAGUGUGCAUUCGGCAAGCCCUUGCACAUAGCAUGUCUAAUCGGCAGCACCGCAAUAGUCACAAAAUUGGUUGAGGGUGGAGCUGAUGUCAACUCCAUCAGUGGCUACUUUGAAACCCCUCUGUUCGCGGCAAUUUGCGGGGAGGAUCUUGAUGUCGUCUCCCUGCUCCUCGAGCAGGGGGCCGGCGUGAAUUACAUGCAUCAAGCAUACAGAACACCACUGCAAUUAGCCUGCGCCAUGAACAACAAAGAUAUCGCCUUCAAGCUGCUGCAGCAUGGAGCCUCCGUCGCAGUAGCAAGCCAGGCGGGCGAACCCGCCCUUACGCUUGCCCUCAGCAGCUAUCGGGCCCACUUGGACUAUACAUCAGACGGAGGCCAUGGUGAACACAACUUGCCCAAUAUCAUCCUCCGGGCCUCGCCUGGUAUGCAGCUCAGCGAGCACGACAUCCUGGCGGCAGCUCGGAUCCGCCACGGCGCUUGCGUACUGGCAUCGCUACUUGAGACCAACAAAGAGAUGCUUGUCUCUGAGAAUCUAAUUGUGCGCUUACUCGAGUUGGAAAAGAGCCCGGAAAUAGACAGUUUGAAGCUGCUCUUCGAACGCAGCGGCGGCUUGGGCAUAACAGAGAAAAUGCUCAUGGUUGAACUUCGCUUGGACACGCUGAAAAGUUUGCUCGAAUUCCUCCCUGUGUGCAAGGUGACUCCCGCAAUUAUGGAGAAUCAACAGGAGCUUGGUCUUUUUGAAUUGCUCCUGAACAGCGACGACAGUCUUGAAAUCACCGAGAGCAUUGUGCUCAAAGCGUUAAACCUCAGCGGCCGUUGCGACAGCCAGACUUCGGUCCUCGAUACUAUCUGGGGACGCAAACCGUCCCUUGCCGUCACAGAGCUGAUGUUAAAGACUGCCAGAACCAGUGAGGACCUCCAAUUCCUGCUCGAGCGAUUCGGCCCGGCCAACGGUAUGUUGCAAGACGCCGCAUCGUUCCUUGCAUACGAGGCACCUUUGACCCAAUACAAGGCCGACAUGCUCUGGUGGCUUCUCUACUUUGACCCAGAAAUCAGGCUCGUCCCGGACAUGAUAGCCGAGGUUAUGUCACUUUCUGGAAGUUCCGCAGCCCUGGAUGUAUUUCUCACGCACGAACCAGGCCUUUCAAUCACAGAAGAACUCUUCUCCGCUUUAGUCACUAAAAUUGAUCCUGUCAAACUCACAGACAUCCUGCAUAAGCAUGGCAAGAAGCUCAAAUUCACCCAAAACACCCGUGACGCCAUAGACCGGGCAUAUAUGUGGUAUAGCGGCAUCGAUACCAAGAAGCUGCUCUACAGUCUGAGGGAGAGGGACGAGACGGCCGAGGAAACUGAAGCUUGGUGCCGUACGCAGGAAGAUGACGAGGAGGCCAAAUCUAGUGAGACGUCCAGUAGCAGAGUUGGCCCUCUGGAACAAGCGGUCGGUAUUGCUGCUGGCACAGACAACGAUAAGGAAGAAGGGGCGGGAGAGGAACGGCAAAGCGGAGAGGAAACCGAUGAGGAUGGAGAUCUUUUUUCAUUUUCUUCCAAAGAUUGA